AAAUACAGUCCAAUAGUCCAAAAAACAGUCCAACGGGCUGAAAUUAUGCAGCCCAACAUGCUAAACGUGGCACGGGCCGAGCCGUUUAUUAGCUGGGCCGUGCCUGGGCUGAAGGACACAGCACAUGGGCCGGCACAGCACAUAAUAGUUCCAUGGCGGGCUGUGCCGUGCCAGGCCCGAUUAUGCUGGCCGGGUUGUGCCGUGCCGGGCCGGCACGUUCGGCCAGGUCUGAUUGGGUGGAAGAAGUGGAUUCACCACUAAAAUCCCCACCUCUCAAAACCUCCUCAAUCCCCUUCCGUCAAAUGAGUGUGAUUUUUCUGGUUUAGAAUAGUUUUGAGGAUGGGAUUAAGAACUCAGUUUCAACACAUGAGGGGUUAUUAUGAUCCAAAUUGGAUACUCCUGGGGCUUAUCUGUACCUUUUUUCCCAAAGGGUGAUGAGACGCCCGGAAUAGCAAAACUGCCACUGUCACUGCGAUGCAUCAUCCAUGGCCAGUUCCGGACUCGCCGUACCGGAGGAAGCUACGCGGAAGGCUCCAGCCAAAGCAGCUCUAUUUGCACAAGGCUCGACCUUGGGGAACAAUACGUGUUUCGUCUGCUCAGUCCUCCUGCGCUGCUACAAGCACCGCCAUCGCCAGUUGCCAAUGCCACCCAUCCCAUCCCAUCCCACCAGCGCGCGCACGGGCCGAGACCGGCAAUGGCGGGCUCGACGCCUCCCUUCCUCCUCCUCCUCCUCUUCGUCCUCGUCGCCGCCGCGGCGGCCUCGGAGGAUCGCCCGCGCGUCACCCCCACCUUGAUCCAGUGCCACCCGGCGCAAGCGCAGGCAACCGCCAACGCCAGCAGCGCCAAGAACGCCACGGCGUUCCGCGCCGACGUGGUCUCCCUCCUCCGCGCCCUCCCCUCCGCCGCCGCGCCCACGGGCUUCGCCUCCCUGCGGUCCGACGGAGUGGUCGGAUGGGACCGCGCGUUCGCCCGUGGGCUCUGCUUCGGGUACGCCACGCCGUCCCAGUGCCGCGAGUGCCUGUCCGUCACGGCCAGGAAGCUCACCGACGCCUGCGGCGCCCACGGCCGGCGCACCGGCGUCUGGACGGACGGCUGCUUUGCGUCCUACGCCGACGCAAACGCCUCUUCGCCGAACCACGACGGAUUCCGCGCGCGCGUCAUCUCCGGCGCCGACCCUCUCGCCAGCGCCUCGUCGGCCGAGCUGCAGAGCCUCGCCGACCUGGCGGGGCACAUGGGGCCGGUCGCGGCCACCAACGCGAGGAUGCAGGUGGCCGCGGACUGGACCGCCGCGGCGAGCGACUACAAGAAGAAGAGCACGGUGCACGUGCUGGCGCAGUGCGCGCGGGACCGCACGUUGGAGGAGUGCGCCUGGUGCGUCCAGUACUCGGCGCGGGUGGCGGAGACCUGCGCGCGGUCCUGGUGCCCCCGGCAGUCGGCGCGGGCGGGGGACACCUGCUGCUGGGGCCUCGACGCGUGGCGCGAUGGCGUGGCGGCCGCCGUCGUCGGCUUCGACUGCUACCUGCGCUUCGACGUCGCCGUCGCCACCGCCACCGCCGCUGCGCCGGCGCGGGUGCCCCUGCCACAAAGGCUCGGGAAGUUGAGCCCCAAGGCGUUCGGUAUACUCGGCGGCGGGCUGGCCGUGGCCGCUUCCUACGUGCUAAUUUAGCUGAGUACAGCGCCCCGGUUGUGCCAGUAGCAGGGCCGGGGGCCGUCCGGGGAGUGGAGAUGGAGAAGGAGAUGACGAUGAAUCCCCCGCAACAGCUAUCCAGGGUGAUGGUUAUCGAUCUGCGCUGCAGCAACAUCGUACUCCAGCAGGCCAAGCCUGUAAAUAAUUAAGCAUGCUUGCACUGUAGUAGCAGCAGCAGGAACGAGCAUCUGCCACUUCAAACCUUAAUUCGUGCUUUCAUAUCUUCCUAUACUACUCCCUCCAUCCUACAAUCACAAUGUAAGACGUUUUUCGUCGCGCGUUUCACAUUCACCUCGCUGCCAUAGCAUCAGUUCUUGCAUCCCGAGUGGUGCAUGGGGCCAUGGCCACGAAA